AUGAUUGCGUUCCAAGUGAGCGAAAUGCUUUCCACGCUCGUUUGCGACUUCGUUAUAAGGGUUGAGCCGUUCAAGGCCUUCACCUCCCAGGCUUCGAAUAACCUUGCUUUGGAGAUCUUGUCUUACGUAGAGGGCGACACUGUAGCCAGUGAUGUGAACUUCGGCGUCACCAAAAUUAGGAUGGAACCAGAUUUCCGUGAUUCCAAAGAAGAACGGCCUCUGAUUGUUAACCCAAUAGGAGACCUCGGCGAGCUUGGGAAGCAAGCUUCUGGCAUUGAUUAG